AUGUUCAAAAUCCGGAUGAUGGGAGAUUCAUAUACCACACGCAAGCGCAAAGUGUUUGACUGGAUCAACAAUCCGGAUCUGGACUCCAUAACGCCCUUUCAAAGAUUCAUUUUAGACACAGAUUGGGAAAAGUCACCCGUCGGUCCCAUCUCACAAUGGCCCGCGCAACUGAAGCAAAUGGUCAUGCUGGUCGUGCAAGACGCUUCUCCUGCGAUCUUAUACUGGGGUGAUGAAGCCACAGCGUUAUAUAAUGAACCAUACAAGGAAGUCAUUGGCAAUAAGCAUUUAAGGCUUUUCGGACAAAGCCCCGCAAUCUCAUCACCAGAAGUAUGGGAACCACUUCGAGCCCUACUCCAGAAGCAGAGAGACGAUUUUCAAGCUAUAGUCGAGGGCGACUAUUUUUUGUUGCUUGAUCGAUGGAGUUUUCUUGAAGAAACAUAUCACAGUUUCAAGCUCACGCCUAUUAUCGGCGAGGAAGGCUGGGUGGUUGGGACACAUGGAACUGUCAUGGAGGUCACCGAAACGGUUAUCAGCGAUCGCAGGAUGACCGUUGUACAAAACUUGGCUCGAGUGCUUACUGAAGCUUCGUCUAUAAAAGAGCUCUGGGAACGGAUAAUAAAGGGCCUGUCGAUCGAAGCGGCCGAGAAAGAUCUCCCACUCGUCCUACUUUAUUCUACGCAGUUAGCAAAAAGAGAUUUGAGGCGUCAGUCUUUCCCAAGUGUUUCAAACUCUUCAGACUUUCUGGAAGUCACUCUUGAAGGCUGUAUUGGCGCCAGAGCAGGCCACGCUUUAGCACCGGAUUCGCUGAGUUUGUAUGACACUAAUCCCGUGGGAAUGGGCGCAAAUCUCCGAAAGGCAUUGGAUGCGAUGGCUCCAGUUGUUGUCGAAAUCGCAGAAGUAGAUGAGCCACUGGAGUGGCGGGGUUAUGGAAAAGCUACGCAUGGGGUCAUAUGCCCAAUCAUACCAAAGGGCUCUAACAGUGUCCUCGCGUUCCUGUGCAUUGCUUUGAACCCCCAUCGACCUUACGAUAAAGACUAUAAGAGAUUUGUCCAUCAUCUUAUCCACCAAGUCACCCAACCUCAGCUUUCCUCGAUAAUCCUCCGAGAGGAAGUCGAAAACAGGCAAAAUGCAGCUAGACAAGCGGCGAUUGAUCGCGAAAGGUUGUCGCGGGAGCUUACAGCGAGUGAAACCAGGUUUGAAAAAUUUGCUGCCAGAGUACCGCUUGGCCUGGGUAUUCUUACUCCGGAGGGUAAGUCACUGUCAGCAAACGAAAUGUGGGUCAACAUUACCCAGUUGCAGCAAGGAGACGAAAUGGACGCAUGGUCAGAUGUGAUAGUGCCUUCAGAGGUGCCGGCGGUCCUUGAGGCAUGGAGUUUCAUGGUUCAGGAGAAAAAACCCGUAAAUAUACAAACACAAAUGUGGCGAGGACCACAGCUUCCGUCGAAACUUGACGCCGAAGGCAACAAAGAACUCGAUAUAAUUUACAUCCUGGUGGCUCUCUAUCCGGAUCUUGAUGAGAACGGCGAGAUUCUGACGAUCAUGUCUUGCAUUACUGAUAUCACGGAUCUCAAGCUAAGCGAAAUACAACUUACUAAGAAAAUGGAGCAGGCGAUUGAGAUGAAGAAGCAACAAGAGAGGUUCAUCGACAUGACAUCGCAUGAAAUGAGGAAUCCACUUUCCGCGCUCAUUGGAUGUGCUGACGAGAUCACAGGCGCACUUCGAGAGUGCCGCGUGGUCAUUGAAAAGAAAGGGUUAAAUUCCCUAACUAGAAGCGCGAAUGAAUUUCAGCACGAGGCAAACUUACUUAGCGAAUCUUUGGAGAAUGCGGAUACAAUCAUAUAUUGCGCACUCCACCAAAAACGAAUCAUUGAUGAUAUUUUAACCCUUUCGAGGCUCGAUUCGAACCUGCUCAUGGUCUCUCCUGAGCCCACAAGACCGAUUGAAGUGAUCAAGGCAGCUUUAAAAAUGUUUGAGGCUGAGCUCAAACGAGCGGAGAUUGGACUUGAUUUUAUAGAGGACCGAUCGCUCUCAGAUCUUAAUGUAGAUUGGAUACUUAUGGAUAGCUCUCGAGUACUCCAAGUUUUGAUCAAUCUUGUCACGAACGCGAUCAAAUUUACAAAAAACGAGAAAACCCGCCACAUCAAAAUAACCAUGCUAGCCUCCCUCACUAAGCCCUCCGACAACAAUGCCUCGGGCAUCGAAUACGUUCGCAAAAUCGCGUCCUCCCAAGACCAAACUACCAGACCUGAAUGGGGUGACGGCCAAGCCAUCUACCUCACCAUCAGCGUCACAGACACUGGCCGCGGUCUCAGCUGUUCCGAAAAGAAAAACCUCUUCACCCUCUUCCAACAAGCCUCGCCCAAAACACACGUCCAAUAUGGCGGCUCCGGCCUCGGUUUAUUCAUUUCUAGACAGCUAACUGAGAUGCAAGGCGGUGAGAUAGGCGUCUCCUCUGAAUCGGGCAAGGGGUCCACGUUUGAAUUCUAUGUCAAGGGACGACGGCUCCUAAGUCCGCCAGAGGACGACGAGGUGCUAAGGAGGAGUAACGGCGUACAGCUGAUGGUCAGGGAGGACGCGCUGAGGGAAGCGUGCGGUGGCGUGGAGAUCUCGGCGCCGAAACGUGAGGAGGAGGCUGGGAUUGAUGGCAUGACACUUCCGUUCCGCGUGCCGCUGAGGCAGACUUUCCAUAUCUUGGUCGUGGAGGAUAAUCUCGUGAACCAGAAAGUGGUCAUGAAACAGCUUCGUAAAGCUGGCCAUGUCGUCUCGGUCGCGAACCACGGCCUCGAAGCUAUUGAAUUUAUUCAGAAGACGAAUUAUUGGAAUGGAAAUGGCACGACGAACGGGAAUGUGUCUGAGCGUAGAGGAAGUGGGCAAAGGAAAGGUUAUGAGCUCGAUGUCGUGCUUAUGGAUCUCGAAAUGCCGGUAAUGGACGGUCUUUCUUGCGUGAAAUGGUUCCGGGAGAGUCAACGUGAUGGGAGGAUUAAGGGACAUGUUCCUGUGAUUGCCGUUACUGCUAAUGCGAGGAAGGAUCAGAUUAUGACGUAUCUGGAGGCUGGCAUGGAUGAUGUAACCACGAAACCAUACCGCAUGCAAGACAUGCUGCGGCAGAUUGAAAAGUUAGUCGGAAAACAUCGUGGAGAUUGA